AUGAUGGGCAAGUUAUUGUUGAUAUUACUUUUAUAUCAUUUUUCUUUAUGCUCGUGUGCGGAGAAUCGACCAGAUCCACGCAUAGUUGGAGGAUUUCCAACUGAUAUAUCCAACAUUCCGUAUAUAGUAUCCAUACAAUUGUAUGGAAUCCACCAUUGCGGGGGUUCAAUAAUAAAUAAACGUACCAUUUUGACGGCAGCCCAUUGCUUGACUGGUGUGUCGCAUCGUCUGCUGAAAGUAAAGGUUGGUGGAACCUCGCGAUACCACAAUGAUGGGGAAUUAUUCUCGGUUGCCGAUCUGCACACCCAUGAGAAGUACAACGCCAAGACUAUGGACUAUGAUAUUGGAAUAAUUCGGUUAAGGAACAAUUUGACGUUAUCCAAUAAGGUAAAGGCUAUCCCUGUAAACCCAAAAAAAAUAGCGGAUGGAACUUAUGCCACAAUUGCCGGCUGGGGAUUUAAGUCCAUGAAUGGACCUCCAUCAGACGGUCUAAGAUAUGCUCGAGUUCCGAUCGUCAAUCAAACGGCCUGCAGAAAUUUACUAGGCAAAAUAGUUACAGAUCGGAUGCUUUGUGCGGGAUAUCUUCGCGGAGGCACGGAUGCCUGCCAAAUGGACUCCGGAGGACCCCUGUCCGUCAGGGAGCAACUGGUUGGUAUUGUGUCCUGGGGAGUGGGAUGCGCACUGGCCGAUAAGCCUGGAGUUUAUUCACGACUAGAUUCGCUAUACCCAUGGUUAAACAAGCUAUUAAAUAAAUUGACCUAAUAAUUAUUGCAAAUAC